AUGACAGACACAAGACGAAGAGUCAAGCUUUACGCUCUGAACGCUGACCGGCAGUGGGAUGACAGAGGAACGGGACACGUAUCGUCGUGUUAUGUAGAAAGAUUGAAAGGUACCUCAUUACUGGUAAGAGCAGAGUCAGAUGGCACACUUCUGCUAGAGAGCAAAAUACAACCUGACACAGCCUAUCAGAAACAGCAAGAUACUUUGAUAGUAUGGUCAGAAGGUGAUAAUUUCGAUUUAGCCUUAAGUUUUCAAGAAAAAGCUGGCUGCGAUGAAAUAUGGGAGAAAAUAUGUCAGGUGCAAGGUAAAGAUCCGUCUGUUGAAAUAACACAGGAUAUUGUGGAAGAGUCAGAAGAUGAACGGUUUGAUGAAAUGUCAGAUAGUGUACAGCCAGUGGAGUUGCCUGCAUGUGAAAUGGGUCGUCUGGAAGACAUAAGUGUAUUAGUGAACAGUUGCCUUGUGUCAACAGCUAGAAAAGAUAAAUUAGCUGCGGCCUUGGAAACACAACACUACAUCAAAAAACUACUAAAUCUCUUCCAUAUGUGUGAAGACAUAGAAAACAUUGAAGGAUUGCAUCAUCUCUAUGAAAUAUUCAAGAGUAUAUUUCUUCUAAAUAAAAAUACACUUUUCGAUACAAUGUUUGCCGAUGAUACUAUAUUUGAUGUAGUAGGCUGCCUAGAAUACGAUCCCAGCUUACCCCAACCCAAGAAGCACAGGGAAUACCUUAGAGAGCUAGCCAAAUUCAGAGAAGCCAUUCCUAUUAAGAAUAAGGAUUUGUUGGCAAAAAUACAUCAAACAUACAGAGUACAGUAUAUUCAAGAUAUAGUGUUGCCCACACCAACAGUGUUUGAGGACAAUCUGCUAAGCACAUUGUCCAGUUUUAUAUUUUUUAAUAAAGUAGAAAUAGUGAAACUAAUAGAAGAGGAUGAUAAGUUUCUAACAGAUUUAUUUAAAUUGCUUAUGGAUGAUAAGACUCCCGAUGUCAAAAGACGAGACUUAGUUCUAUUUUUAAAAGAGUUUUGUAAUUUUUCACAAAAUUUACAACCUCAAGAUAAAGAUGCUUUUUAUAAGACAUUAGUUUCAUUGGGUAUCCUGCCAGCUUUAGAAAUUACUCUAAGCAUAGAUGAUCAGAAGACCAAGACUGCAUCAAUAGAUAUUUUAACUUAUAUUGUGGAGUUUUCACCCUCAGUUGUAAGGGAUUACACGCUACAACAGGCUAAUAAUACUGAAGAGGAACAAAUGUUAUUAAACAUUGUGAUAGAACAAAUGCUCAGGGACCGAGACCCUGAGUUGGGCGGAGCAGUACAGUUAAUGGGUGUAUUGCGUAUCCUUCUCGAUCCUGAAAGUAUGCUGGCAUCUGUCAACAAAAGUGAAAAGGCAGACUUCCUAAAUUUCUUUUAUAAGCAUAGUAUACAAACACUCAUAGCUCCGUUACUUGAAAACACAACUGGAGAAAAGCCUUUAAAGGAAGAUUAUCAUACAGUGCAGCUACUUGGCUUAGUACUCGAACUGCUUUCAUUCUGUGUUGAACAUCACACAUACCAUAUUAAAACAUGCAUAUUAAAUAAGGACCUACUCCGUCGCAUACUGGUGCUUAUGAGAUCGACACACACAUUUUUAGUUCUCGGCGCAUUAAGGUUUAUGAGGAAAAUAAUUGCUCUAAAAGACGAGUAUUACAAUCGAUACAUUAUUAAGGGGAAUCUCUUCGCACCAGUUAUAGAUGCUUUCCUUAGGAAUAAUGGCAGAUAUAAUUUAUUAGAUUCUGCCAUAUUAGAGUUGUUCGAGUUCAUUAAGUUGGAAGAUAUUAAGUCAUUAUGUUCACAUGUUGUCGAAAACUAUGGAAAGAUCUUAGAAGACGUUGAAUAUGUACAAACAUUUAAGGCUUUAAAAACACGAUAUGAUCAACACCAGGAUAAAUUGAAGGAAAGAGAUAGAGUGAGCGGCAGCGUGGGGGUGGGCGAAGCGGUGGUGCCGUCGCUGCUGCGCUCGCGCUACCGGCGCGACGCGCGCCAGGCGGACGACGAGGAGGAGAUGUGGUUCAACGACGACGACGAGCUCGAGGACGACGCGCCGCUCGACGCGCAGCCGCACGCGCACCACGCGCACCACGCGCUCGACGCCAUCGGUAAAAUAGUUGAAAAGAAGGUAUGCUCGAGUACUGAAAACGUGAAUGGUCCCAGCAGAGUAUUGCUAAGCACAACAACAGCCAGCAAACCGACACACACCGACGUUCAGGUAUCCACGCCCAGAUUACUCAAUAAGGGGCUGGUGGACUACGACGGAGACUCGGACGAGGAAGAGGAGGGCGGGGGCAGCAGCGCCGCGGCGGACGAGCGCGACGCCAAGCGGCCGCGCCUCGCGUAGUGCUCGGGCCGCGCACGCGUCCGCCCUUUCAAGGAAUAUAACCGUCUCGCUCAGCUGUGCAGGGCUCCGUCGGAACUGGCCAGGUACCCAAUGCAGAUUUUUUAGAACUUGCCAGCGG